UAAAACCGUCCCACAGAAAAUGGAAGGUCCACUUCGCCCCCGUUAGAAAUCGAUUCGUCUCUUCGAUCGAUCGGGAGAAAGAGCGUGUGUGUGAGAGAAGAUGCCUGGUCUGACAGCUCCCUCCGAUUACUCCAAGGAACCCCCUCGCCACCCAUCUCUCAAGAUCAAUUCUAAGGAACCAUUUAAUGCUGAGCCUCAUCGUACAGCUCUACUGUCAUACAUUACACCUGUAGAUUUCUUCUACAAGAGAAACCACGGACCAAUUCCCAUUGUUAAUGACAUUGAAAGAUAUUGUGUUUCUAUAGGUGGUUUGGUGAAGAAUCCUUUAGAGAUAUCUAUGUCAGAAAUUAGGAAGCUUCCUAAGUACAAUGUUAUUGCUACUUUACAGUGUGCAGGUAAUAGAAGGACAGAAAUGAGCAAAACUCGUAAAGUAAGAGGUGUUGGUUGGGAUGUUGCUGCUGUAGGAAAUGCAAAAUGGGGAGGAGCAAAGUUAGCUGAUGUUCUUGAGCUGGUUGGAAUAUCCAAACAUACUUCAUCCUCUCCACUAGGUGGGAAGCAUGUCGAAUUCAUCAGCAUUGACAAGUGCAAAGAGGAAAAUGGUGGGCCCUACAAGGCAUCAAUACCUUUAAGACAAGCCACAAAUCCUGAAGCUGAUGUUUUACUUGCGUAUGAAAUGAAUGGAGAGACACUAAAUCGUGAUCAUGGAUAUCCAUUGCGGGUGAUUGUUCCUGGUGUAAUUGGUGCACGUUCUGUUAAAUGGUUGGACAGAAUCAGCAUAAUUGAAGACGAAUGCCAGGGAUUUUUUAUGCAAAAGGAUUACAAGAUGUUUCCGCCUUCAGUUAAUUGGGAUAAUAUUAAUUGGUUGUCUAGGAAGGCCCAAAUGGACUUUCCAGUGCAGAGUGCAAUAUGCUCUUUAGAGGAUGUUGAUUUUGUUAAACCAGGAAAGGUUACAAUUGCUGGAUAUGCUGUAGCUGGCGGUGGUCGGGGAAUUGAGAGAGUGGAUAUAUCUGUUGAUGGGGGUAGGACAUGGUUUGAAGCUCAGAGGUGUCAGAGAGGAAAUAUACCAUACCAAUCUGAUGAUUUGAACAAUGAUAAGUGGGCAUGGGUUCUAUUUAAGGUGGUUGUUGAUGUUCCAGAAAGUACUGUGAUUAUUGCUAAGGCGGUUGACACUGCCUCAAAUGUCCAACCAGAAAACGUAGAAGUCGUGUGGAAUCUAAGGGGUAUAUUGAACACCUCAUGGCACAAGGUCCAAGUGCGGCGAGCCUCACAAGUGGCAAUCUCCAAUCUGUGAACACGAAUGAGGACUACAUGAUAUCCUUCAAGUACUCCACCCAAACUUCUGUUGCAAAUAACUCUUGCAAGUGUUAGGUUCUUUCACAAUCAGAAGUUUAGAGUGUUCAUAUUUACCAGUACGUAAGAUGCCAAACGUUUCUUGUUCAGAAUUUGUCAUGCAAGUGCUUACUUAUUGGUGCAAAGGUCAUCAGUCGUCUGUGCGUGCACACACAUACAUAUAUUUAUUUGCCUUUUUUGUUGUCAACAUGGGAAACCUUCAGUUGCUCUUGCAAACCCCAA